AAUGUAUUUGUUAGGCCCAAAGAUAGAGAGAUAUGUCAUGUAAUAAUGUAUUUUGUUCAAAUUUGGAGAAUACGUGUGGGAAGGGGAGUGGUGAAAUCUUAGAGGUUAAGUCAUGGAGAAAAAGGAUAGAACAAUCAAACAAGAGCUUUGAAAUGGCCAAAAAGUGACCAUAUGGUGGGUGCGAAUAUUUAUGUAUUAUUUUGUUUUUACUCUUCUUUUAUUGCUGAAAGCUACAAUACACUUCUCUUAAUAUAUUGUUUACGUAAAUCACAUAAUCUUCUAUUUUGUUAACUAAUUAGUAAUUAAUAUCUACUUUAGAAACACCGGGACAGAUGAUGAGUAUAUCACAUUCACGCAAUCUGUUGGAGUUUGGUCAGAACGUAUUGAAGCAUGUCUGAAGAUCUUUCUUCAAACAUUAUACAACAUAAAAGUGAGGCGCGCGAAUAUGUUAAUAGCAAAAAGGCAACAAAAGCUAAAUUAAAGAGAUAAAAAGUAAAGUGAUUUGGCCUCAAUCAACGGAAACGUAUCUUAAUUUAUGAGGUUCCCUCUUUCUUUUACUUUUGACACAAGCCAACCGUUGACUAAUAAUACAUACAUGGAACACAGAGAAAUAACAACAAGGGAGGAAUACUUGUCACUGUUUACACCUCUUCCAUAUUGUUUCCUUAACGUUUAAUCCGACCUUGUUCAGCUUUUAAGCGUUUUAAUCAUUACUGGCUGUAAAAGCUUCAUUAAAGGGAUAGGAUUUGAAGGAAAAAAAAUUCAAAUAAGAUUGGAGCAGUGUAAAAAGAAAACGUGAAUUGAGCCAAACGAGGAGGUGGUCCUCGGGAUGAUUGUGAAUGGAGAUAAACCAGCCAGGAACCGCCACAUGUCAUUAUAGCUUUAUAGAUUUCCUUAGCCAGCACCAUUAUUGUGAUUGUAUAAAUAUGACCCUUUCCUUCAUCUCACCCAUUUCCAUUCUCCAUAGACCCAACAACACAAAUAUAUACUAGUAGAUAGGAACCAAAAGCGAAGUCAAGCAAAUAUAAAAAUAAUGAAGAAGAAGGCGGCAGAGUUCGUGAAGGAUAUAAUAAACAUGUUGGCUGGUCUUGCAAAAGACAAGACGAAGGAGCUAAAGAGGAAAACAAGAGCCUUUAAGACCCGUCUUGUAAUAUUCUCGCUACUCCACAACAGAAACAUGGUGGUGAGCUCGUGGUCUCACAAGCUCAAAUCCAAACCAACAUCAAGAAGCCUAGAUGAUGGUGGUAAUAAGGAUAAAAAUAACAUGGUGGUAGUGUAUAGCCACAACGCCAAUAUGUCAACCACUCCUGCUGCCUCUCCGCAAUAUGUACAAUAUGUGGACGAGGAAGAUGAAGAAGAAGAGGAAGAUGAUGAAAAGUAUCCAGACUUGAGACACUCGCUGUUUGAGGCAGAGGGCUCGGUGAUAGACAUGGUGAAACACUCCAAGGAAGACAAGGGAGAAGAGUUUCGGUUGGAAGAUGAGAUCGACAACGUGGCUGAUCUUUUCAUUACCCGGUUCCACCGACAGAUGUGGUUGCAGAAGCAGCUUUCUCUCGAGAAUAUUCAAGAUACAUCGAACUGAUUUCAAUCGUGUGAUAUACAUACACAUAACGCCCCUUCUCUUUUUCUUAGGGUGCGGAGCACGCAAUGAUCCUCUUAGAUUGUUUAGCGUAGUGAAAUGAAAACGGGACGUAUACACAUGUAUGUUUAUAUCAACGUCCCCUCUUUGUUCACGUUUCUUGACCAAUAAAUGAAGUUUUUUUGUUGUU